AUGCCAUCAUUAGACAAAUGUGUCGUUAUCAGCUGUGAAGAGCUGCGCUAUGGGUCUCAUCGGUACUGCUACGAGCGUAAGGAAGCUCCAGUUGACCCAUCGGGAAUGUCAGCUCACCGGACAAUAGAUAAAUGCGUCACCAAGAAGUGCACAGAAAGACGACAGGAAUCUGAUAUUCACUGUCUGCACCAUGGCUGUCUCGCGGCUGGAUGUCGGAACGAGGCAGCCCCGUCCUUCAGUCUAUGCAAUGCCGACAAGUGUCAAAACGCAUACUGUCCCUUCCAGAAGCUCAAUGACGGUCUGGAUUGUGGUCGGCAGCCCGAGAUCACUUUAUCCCAGGGUUCACAAGCUCCAGAGGCUGCGGAUGUGCAAUACUCCUCUGACUACUACCCAGGACCAUCGGCAUAUUACCCGACGGAAUAUUCGGCUCCGAAUGACGAUAUGCAGCCACAGGCUGGCAAUGCGUCCACGACAGAAAUCCCGGCCAACCCUUGGGAGACCAUCACACUGCCUACAAGCCCGGCAACAGACCAAGCAAGCUCGCAGUAUGUUGACCCUAAUACGCCUAGGGCUGCCACCAAUUCGAGGGACACGUCAAAGUCGACAUCUAGCAACAAGCACAAGAGUUCUUAUGACAAGCGUUCUCGCAAGUGA